UCUUCACCACUGUUUCUUUAAACACGGCGCUUCACUGGAUACAUUUGUGGAGGCGGAACUUCCUUUUCCAUGCUGACGGUUCGGUUGAGAGGCAGAAGGGCUUGGUCAGUGUGGGGUGUUGGUAGCACCGGUUAGCCUGAAUGCCUAUACCUGGCACACGAUAAUGCAAAGAGGAAGCUCGAACCCAUCUACAAUGCUAACUUGAAACGUAUUUUGCGACACCAACUUGUCAAAAUGUCAGAUGUGAAUAAGACUAUCCAGAAAUGGCACGCGAGUUUUAAAAAAGGCACGGACUUUGAUUCGUGGGGACAGUUAGUGGAAGCAAUUGAUGAAUACCAAAUUCUUGCCAGGCAGCUUCAGAAAGAAGUUCAGUCCCCCUCCAAUUCAUCGGACUUCACAGAAGAUCAGAAGAAAACAUUAGGAAAGCUUGCAACAUGCCUUGAAAUGCGAAGUGCAGCCUUGCAGUGUACCCAGUCCCAAGAGGAGUUCAAGCUGGAAGAUCUAAAGAAACUGGAACCCAUCAUUAAGAAUAUUCUUACUUAUAACAAAGACUUUCCCUUUGAUGUGCAGCCUGUGCCAUUAAGGAAAAUUCUAGCCCCUGGCGAGGAAGAGAAUUUGGAAGUGGAAGAAGAGGAUGAUGUAGCAGCAGGGUCAGGCUCAUCUGAUUCCUUCCCCUCUAGAGUUCCGGCUUUUCAAGGUACGCUGUUGCCAAGGUUACCUUCAGAACCUGGAAUGACAUUACUUACAAUAAAAAUUGAAAAGAUUGGACUCAAGGAUGCAGGACAAUGCAUCGAUCCCUACAUAACAGUUAGUGUCAAAGAUCUAAAUGGCAUCGAUUUGAACCCAGUCCAAGAUACCCCAGUGGCUUCCAGAAAAGAAGACACAUACAUUCAUUUUAAUGUGGACGUAGAAAUUCAGAAACAUAUUGAGAAACUUCCUAAAGGGGCAGCUAUUUUCUUUGAAUUUAAGCACUACAAACCCAAGAAAAGGUUUACCAGCACAAAAUGUUUUGCCUUCAUGGAAAUGGAUGAGAUCAAACCUGGUCCCAUUGUUAUAGAACUGUACAAGAAGCCAACGGACUUCAAAAGAAAGAAACUCCAUCUUCUGACAAAGAAACCACUCUAUCUUCAUCUCCACCAGACACUGCAUAAAGACUAACUGGGUUCACAGGCAGCGUUACAUGUGAAGGGGACAUCAAACACCACUCCUGAGCACUGUGUCUGCGUACAGCAGAGCUACUCAGCAGAUCUGCUGUUCCUUCCCAUCAUGCCUCCACAGCAAUACUAAACAUAGCCACCAAAGCCACAGUGCAACCACUCAUAAAUCCCUGGUACAGCUGUCAAGCUCUUUCUUUAAAGAGCAUCAGUCAUGCUGUGGCUUGGUGGCUGCCCUGUUCAUGCAAUACUUACCAACUACAGUGGCUGAAGUGCUUGUUGAAAAGCCUUCAGAAGCAGGUUACAUACCUAACGGCUUCAUACUAAAUUCUGAGAUGACGGAAGAAAUUCAUGAUGUAUUAUUAAGCAAAAUGGAUACCAGCAGCCUCAGUGUUGACUUAAGCAACAACAUUCCAAUAACCAGCUUCAAGCAGCUUUUUUUCUUUUUAAGGGGAGCUACUUCCGGCUUCUACUAUCAAAAGGAUAACAAUAAACACUCCCUGACAACAAAUUAAUGUAUUCUGUAUGAGUCUCCUGACAGGUUGGACUAACACAAACAGGAUGUGGCACACUUUCAUAUAAAUGAGUGAUCAAAGGUAUAUUUGGGAAAUACCGUUUUAAUAUGUAUAGAAUUCAUUUGAAUGUCUUUUUUGUGGAUUCUUAAGGUGGUGUCUGACACUCAGUAUUUUUCACACGUGGAUUAAACCUUAUUGAUACACUACCUAGUCUUAUAUAAAAGGGCUUUUUUGCAAUAAGGAUGCAGUGGUUGUCUGGCAAGCUUGUGUGGAUAUUUUGUUUAGCCUGAGCAUAAUGCCUUUAGAAUUGAAACUUAAUUUUUUUUAAACAUAAAAUUUUGAAUAAAGUGGCAAAGCCAGAAUUAUCUUUUGCCAGACAUCUGCUACUUGCAGAUUUGUUCAAUUAAUAUGCUUUUUUUUUGUUUGGGAUAAGAAACUGUCCACAUGAACUUCAGAUGAUCUUUGUUUUCAAUAACCAUGGCCUUAUUUGGUUGACAAAUCGUAUUACUACUUAAAGUUUCACACAGUGUCACAUAGAAAGAAACACCUUGACAGCAGCAGGCAGGUAGCUUUGCUACAUUUGUACACACAAAAAGGCCAUGUUCAGUUUCAUUGAACACAUUAGAAUUAUCUGUGGUGAAAAGAGUUCUUAAAGAACACAAGCUGAAGAGUAAAUAAGAAAAAGAAAGUGUUUGGUUUAUAGAUUGAAAAUGUUUCAAAGUUUUUUGCUCUAGAGCAAAGUUUGUUCCCAUUUUCUGUGAAGGUACAGUGAAUGCCACUAAUUAGCAGACCUGAAAAAUACAGUUCUCUAUUUGCAACAUCUUCUUGGAAACCAGUCUCUUCCUGUCAACUCGAAGGAACUCCUAACUCAGCAGAUGUUAACUACUGCAGAUUGCUAAUAGCUUAUUUAGGAUUUUUAAGGGACUAAAGUCUCUUCUGAGGUGUAGCAGCAGGAUCGUUGUACAUGUGCUUUAUGUUGUAAUUUCUGAAUUCUAUAUAAUUGCUUUUAAAAAUGUGGACCUCUUUCUUUUUCAGUACAAUUUGCAUUCUUGAGGUUCUGUUAGAACCCAGGACUUAAAAAGCAAGACGAAAUACUAGGCCUGUUAAAAUGGAUGGUGCACCUACCGUAUGUAUAAAAACUGAGAGGUGGGACAUCAGAUUUAUUGCAAGUAGCAGUCUACAUUGUGCAGCUUAUGUAUAUCAGCAGUGAUUGUGAGUAAGUCAUCAUUUUGUUCUAUAUAUGUUAAUUUUUAGACAGUUUAAUAUACUCUUCCUUUCUUGGGUCCUGAUAGUUUUAUACAUUAUGUGUUGAGUUUUUUUAUAUUACUAAAAUCGUACAAAACAACACAUUGGACAAUUUUAAAUUUGCUCAUUUUCACCUGAGAUGGUAAAGCACUAUUUUUAUUUACUCAUAAAAAAACAUUUAGUGUAUUUUUGGUUUAUAUACUGUGCUUUAUAUAUUGUGUAUGCCUUCAUUUUGGUUUUUCACCCACUUUGUUUAUUAGAGGAUUAUGGUUAUGUUUAACCAUAAUUUUAACCAUGGCAUGUUGCUACAACUGUUUAAUAUUGCUGUUUUGUGUACAUGUUGAAAAUUGAACCGUUAUUUACAACGUCCACAUAAAAACGUUCUGCUGGGUAACAAGAGGUUGUAAAUGAGUGGCAUCUACUGUAACUCUCUAAAGGUUUAAAUUUAUAGUAAGAGACAAGCAUGGAAAGGAAAUGCGCAUUUCUUUCCUUUUAAAAUAGUAUUGAGAUUUCAGCAGUAUGUGCUUGGAGGUAGAAAACAAUGAAGAAAAUUUGCACUCUAGCAAAAAGCUUUGUUAAUCAUCGUGUGAGACUGUUCUUUAAAAGACAUUAGACUUUGGGUAUCCUUUUUUUGGGGGGUGUUGUGAUGAUGUAUGUAGAUGUCUAAUAUAAAACUGUAAAAUAGAACACUAAAGAAACUUUUUCUGUACCAGAAAAGACAUUUCAAUUAGUCAUCAUACAUUGUGAAUUUCAUGUUAAUUCAUUAAGGCAAAAGCAUUCCUUUAAUAGCUGUGCACACAAAACCCUGAAAGGUAAGGACUGAAUAACUAGGGGACAUAAUGAAACCAGUAAUUGUGCUGCAGAGAUCUGUAAAAAAUAUAUUUUAUUGUAUGCUUCAUUCAGAAUAGAACAGGCUCACACAAUUUUCAUAAGAAGUGUACUAAACUCUAAAUAAAUCAUGUUUCUUUAUAA